GUACAUCGUGGAAUAUUACGAAUAGCUGAGAAAGCGGUGUCGCGGAGUCGUAUCAACGAUAAACCAAGAUGAAAACUUCAAUUUUGCUGCCCGUCCUGAUACUGCUUAACAUAAUGUACCAAGCCCGAAGCGCUCCUUCUAGAAGAUCACGUGACGCCGCUUUGCCCGAAGAAACUGAAAGUGGACGACAAAGCAAACUUGAAGAUAAGUUUAAGGAAACUACAACAAAAGCUCCAGAACCCACGCAUAGAAGGAAUAAAGCACUAAACCUUUUUGGAGGAUACUAUCCUUCGUUCUUAUCAUCCGGCCUGGAUUAUUCUGAAGAUGACGACGAUGAUGUCACUUUCUCUGUUAACGACGACCGUUUCGAAGACGAUGACUUAUCACGAACAAUUCCGUCUAAACGCCGCCAGCAGAACAAGAAAAAGAACGGAGCGGAUUCUUUCCCAAAUGACAAUCUGAACUCUCUCCAGUACGAUAAUUCUCCUAUUUUCUACAUAAGAUUGCCACCUACACCGUAUAUGUUUGUGCCAGGAUUGGGAUACGUGUCGCAACCGCCAACAAUCGGACCCCCCAUGCCACCAAUGCUCCCACAAGUUCCCCAACAAGCUGAUCCGUUCAUAAAUCUACCAAUCGACUUCAUUUCCAAUGGUAAACCAACAGGUGUAUAUCAGUGGAGCGGCGCUCCUGGUUACCCACAACCUCAGCAAAUGCCUUUAGAUCCCUACGGCUAUGGCCCUUCACAGCCUAUGAUGCCGCCCUCUCGACCAAGCUAUAAUGCACCUUCUUACUCUAAACCCAAGCCGAAGCCAGCGCCAACUAAUUCCAAGGUCACUAAUUUAAAAGGCCCAUAUGUGUUUAAUGGAAAACCAGGAGAUAGUGUUUACGUACUUCGAGACACGUACAACUCAAUAUAUUCCGAUGCCCUUCAGAAUUUCUACCCUUAAAAUAUUCUGUGGUGUAUUUUUAGGAAAUAAUAAUGACUCGUAUCGAGUCGUCGUUAACAUAAAUAUUUUUCUAGGCCAGCCACAUGUUUGCACUUAGUGAUACGCAG